AAUUUUAAUUUUUAUUAUUAUCAACAAAUAGUUUAUUAGUUAAAUAAAAGAAUGAUGAAACAAGAAAGCACAACUUCACCAUUGCCACAAUCACCACAACUUCAAUCAUUUGGAAAUAGAUCAUCAGACCUUGCAGUUGAGGACCAGUUUGUAAAAAAAUUAGAGUCAAUUGGACAAACUGCACCAAAUGAAAAUAUUAAAAAGGAAUUUUUAAAUAAAGAAGUUUCUUCAAUCAAUAAGCUAUUCACCAGAUUCCUCAAGAACAGAAAGAAGGUUAUUGAUUGGGAGAAAAUCAAACCACCACCAAAUGAAAUGGUUUUAAAUUAUAAAGAUCUCCCACAAAUCUCUCAUGAAAGAACAUCAGAACUCGCCUCUAAACUAGCUGUCUUAAAAUUAAAUGGUGGUUUGGGUACUACUAUGGGUUGCACUGGUCCAAAGAGUGUAAUUGAGGUUAGAAGUGAAAAAACAUUUUUAGAUUUAACAGUACAACAAAUUAAGGAAAUGAAUGAAAAAUAUAAUAUUAAAGUACCAUUAGUAUUAAUGAAUUCAUUCAACACUCAUCAAGAAACUGGUAAAAUCAUUCAAAAGUAUAAAUAUUCAGAUGUUAAGAUUCAUUCAUUCAAUCAAUCACGUUUCCCAAGAAUCUUAAAAGAUAGUUUAAUGCCAGUCCCAGAUAAAUUGUUUGGUAAUGACUCUGAAUGGUAUCCACCAGGUCAUGGUGACGUUUUCUUUGCUUUACAAAAUAGUGGUCUCUUAGAAACACUCCUCAAUGAAGGUAAAGAGUAUUUAUUCAUCUCAAAUGUUGAUAAUCUUGGUGCCGUUGUCGAUUUCAAUAUUUUAAAUACUAUGGAUAAAGAAAAAUGUGAAUAUAUUAUGGAAGUUACAAACAAAACCAGAGCUGAUGUUAAAGGUGGUACAUUAAUUGAAUAUGAGGGUAAAGCUAAAUUAUUAGAAAUUGCUCAAGUACCAUCAAAUAAAGUUGAAGAGUUUAAAUCAAUCAAAAAAUUCAAGAUUUUCAAUACCAACAACAUUUGGGUCAACUUAAAAGCUAUUGAUCGUGUAUUAAAAGAAAAUCUAUUAGACGAUAUGGAUAUUAUUAUCAAUCCAAAAGUUGCAGAUGGUAAGAGUAUUAUCCAAUUGGAAAUUGCUGCUGGUGCUGCUAUAGAAUUCUUUAAUAAUGCUCGUGGUGUUAAUGUACCAAGAUCAAGAUUUUUACCAGUCAAAUCAACAUCAGAUCUUUUUAUUGUCCAAUCAAAUCUUUAUUCACUUGAAGAUGGUGUACUUGUUAUGAAUAAAAAUAGACCAUUCAAUACUGUUCCAUUAGUCAAAUUGGGAGAUCUCUUCAAAAAAGUAUCAGAUUAUCAAGCUCGUAUUAAAGGUAUUCCAGAUAUCCUUGAAUUAGACCAACUCACUGUUUCUGGUGAUGUAACAUUUGGCUCAGAUAUGGUUCUCAAAGGUACUGUUAUUAUUGUUGCUCCAGCAGGAAAUCGUAUAGAUUUACCACAAGGUGCUGAAUUUGAAAACAAGGUAGUCUCUGGUAAUUUAAGAAUUCUUGAUCAAUAAAAUAAACAAAUAAUAAAUAAUAAUGCAAACAUAAUAAUAGUAAUAAUCUUUUUAAAAACCACCCAAAACCAUUUUUUCUAUUUGGUAAAAAAAAAUAAAUAAAUAAAACAUGUAUU